UUGGCCAUGAUCCGAGGCGUAAGUAGAACCAUGCACCAUCUAUAAUUCUGAUCCAUUAGAAUCCAGGAAAACGUCUGAUAGCCAUGAUUACAUAUCCUAACUUGGAUUCUGGUAGGAACUGGAAGCCAUGGUAGAUCCAACCAGGAACGAAGCGGCGGCAUUACGCAAGAAGAUAGACGUAGUCAAUCGUGCAUUGAAACCUCUCGGACAAUCCUGUCUGAGGAAGGAAAAAGAAUACAAAGAAGCUCUCGAAGCCUUCAAUGGGAAGAACAAGGAGAAGUCUCAGCUAGUGGCCAAACUCAUGGAGCUGGUCAGCGAGAGCGAGAGACUGAGGAUGAGGAAGCUGGAGGAGUUGAACAAGUCGAUAGAUUUCUUUCGCUAAGUCCAUCUGCAGGAGCAUUUCAGAUGGAUUUUUUCUACAGUAAUGUUUGAGAUCGGGAUUCCAAGUUCUGUUUCGGUGGGACGUCGAUUGUAAU